AUGGUGCGUCUGGCGGCCGAGCUGCUGCUGCUGCUGGGGCUGCUGCUGCUCACACUGCACAUCACGGUCCUGCGCGGUUCCGGAGCUGCCGACGGGUCCCACGCGGCCGCGGGCAACGCCAGCCGGUCCCAGCUGCAGAAUAACCUCAACCUGGAGAGUGACUCUGCAUCAGAAACCAGCUUUUCUGUCUCCAAAGAAUCACCAGGAGGGCAUCCGGACCACCAGGCUGCACAUCCACCAUUCCCCAGACAGCGAUUCUCCCAAGAGACUGGGCACCCUUCAUUGCAGAGAGAUGGCCCCAGACCCUUCCUCCUUGACCUGCCAAACUUUCCAGAUCUUUCCAAAGCGGAUAUCAACGGGCAAAAUCCAAACAUUCAGGUCACCAUAGAGGUGGUCGACGGUCCAGACUCUGAAGUAGAAAAAGAUCAACAUCCGGAGAAUAAGCCAAGCUGGCCAGUCCCAUCCCCUGACUGGAGGGCAUGGUGGCAGAGGUCCUUGUCCUUGGCGAGGGCAAACAGUGGGGACCAGGACUACAAGUACGACAGUACCUCAGAUGACAGCAACUUCCUCAACUCCCCCAGGGGGUGGGAUCGUCCGGCCCCUGGCCACCGGACUUUUGAAACCAAAGAGCAACCAGAAUAUGAUUCCACGGAUGGUGAGGGUGACUGGAGUCUGUGGUCUGUCUGCAGCGUCACCUGUGGGAAUGGUAACCAGAAGCGCACCCGGUCCUGCGGCUACGCGUGCACAGCAACAGAAUCCAGGACCUGCGACCGUCCAAACUGCCCAGGAAUCGAAGACACUUUCAGGACAGCAGCCACCGAAGUGAGUCUGCUUGCGGGAAGCGAGGAGUUCAAUGCAACCAGACUGUUUGAAGUUGAUACAGAUAGCUGUGAGCGAUGGAUGAGCUGCAAAAGUGAGUUCUUAAAGAAAUAUAUGCACAAGGUGAUCAAUGACCUGCCUAGUUGUCCCUGCUCCUAUCCCACUGAGGUGGCCUACAGUACCGCAGACAUCUUUGACAGGAUCAAGCGCAAAGACUUCCGCUGGAAGGAUGCCAGCGGGCCCAAGGAGAAGUUGGAGAUCUACAAACCCACAGCGCGAUACUGCAUCCGCUCCAUGCUUUCCCUAGAGAGUACCACACUGGCUGCCCAGCACUGUUGCUAUGGCGACAACAUGCAGCUCAUCACCAGGGGCAAAGGGGCGGGGACGCCCAAUCUCAUCAGUACUGAGUUCUCAGCAGAGCUCCACUACAAAGUGGAUGUCCUGCCUUGGAUUAUCUGCAAGGGUGACUGGAGCAGGUAUAAUGAAGCCCGGCCCCCCAACAACGGACAGAAGUGCGCAGAAAGCCCUUCAGAUGAGGACUACAUCAAACAGUUCCAAGAGGCCAGGGAGUAUUAAAGAGACUGGGAUGAGGUGAAGAGAUGCCACGUCUGGUUUGGGGACACAAGCACCCUGCACUGAUCUGCCAACUGUAGCCCAGUUCUUUAUAUUCACAUAUGUGUAUAUUUGUAUAGACCACAUCUGUAUUUUUAUAAAUUUCCUAAGGGGGUGCACAGGCCCAGGGGGCUGCCAUAUCCAGUGCUCACAAACCUCCAGAGAGGUCAUCCUGGAGUUACCGUGGGCAAGAGGAUGGGAACAACCAAGAAGCCAGAAAAGGGUCCUGGGUGCCUUGGUGGGUGUGACUCAGUUUACAUCACCACUCAGUGUGUCCAAGAGAAGCAACGGAGGAAAGAGACUGAAGUUGUAAACAUUAUAAGCUGUUUUUAUAUAUAACUUAUUUAAUAUGAAUGUGACUUAAAACUUAACCUUUUCUCUGGAGUUGUCCUCGUGAAACUAAUCAACUUCUGAGAGAGUUCAAAAAGAAAGGCUAAAGGGAAUGGAAGAGAAAAGGAACUUUGCAAUGAUUUCCUUAAAAAAGUAAAUAACACAGUGGAGAUGUGUUCAGAUGAGAAAAUUCCCACCUUAAACUUAGUUGGAGGUACCUUGCUGCCAUCUUGGAUUCCAAACUUCUGUGACCUCAGACUGGGCAGGAGGUGGGGAGGUAGGCAUUUUGGGGAGUUAAAUCUGAGGCUCAGUUCAAAGUAGGCUUUAUAAUAAAAGCCCCAUGUUGAUACAAUGCUACAAGUCUACUAAAUAGUAGAAUUUCUGCUUACAUGUUAAUAGGUCCAUAAGACUGCAGAAGUUCAGACAGAAAAGCAAUAAGUAGCACUUUUCCAAAGAGAAAAAAAAAAGUGGGGAAAUGAUAUGGACCUAGUAUCAUCUAUUUUCAUUCUGACAAUUUUUCUUUCAAAAAUAUUUUAAGUUUAUCUGCAUGGAUAUAUUCCCAGUAAAUAAAUAUGAAAAUGGAGAGAGGGGGCAUGAAGUCUUGGAAAUCUUAAUUUUUUAUGUUUAAGAAAGAAGAAAACUUGCAUUAUUUUUGUAAAGUAUUUAUUGAAUCGUUGGGUCUCAUCCAUCAAGCAAUGGUGAGUGACCUGGUUCUGUGGGAUGAUAGGAUGUAAGGACAAAUAAAGAGUUGAUUCUUAUGCAAUCUUUUAUUUGCAAAACUCCAGGAAAAGAGAAUAUAUAAUAAAAUCAUACUAAAACA